CGGCGACGGCCUGCUGCUGCUGGGCACCCGCGCGGCCGCCGCGCCAGGGCUGCGAGAGAGCCGGCGGGGCAAGCAGGGGGCCCGGAUGAGCCUGCUGGGGAAGCCGCUGUCCUACUCGAGCGGCCAGAGCUGCCGGCGCAACGCCAAGUACCGGCGCGUGCAGAACUACCUGUACAACGUGCUGGAGCGGCCGCGCGGCUGGGCGUUCGUGUACCACGCGUUCGUUUUUCUCCUUGUCUUUGGUUGCUUGAUUUUGUCAGUGUUUUCCACCAUCCCUGAGCACACAAAACUGGCCUCAAGUUGCCUCUUAAUUCUGGAGUUCGUGAUGAUUGUCGUCUUUGGUUUGGAGUUCAUCAUUCGAAUCUGGUCUGCAGGUUGCUGCUGUCGGUAUAGAGGAUGGCAAGGAAGACUGAGGUUUGCACGCAAGCCCUUUUGUGUUAUAGAUACCAUUGUCCUUAUCGCAUCCAUAGCAGUUGUUUCUGCAAAAACUCAGGGUAACAUUUUUGCCACGUCCGCACUCAGAAGUCUUCGUUUCCUACAGAUCCUCCGCAUGGUGCGCAUGGACCGAAGGGGAGGCACUUGGAAGCUGCUAGGUUCAGUGGUCUAUGCUCACAGCAAGGAAUUAAUCACAGCUUGGUACAUAGGAUUUCUGGUUCUUAUAUUUUCAUCCUUCCUUGUCUAUCUGGUGGAAAAGGAUGCCAAUAAAGAGUUUUCUACAUACGCAGAUGCUCUCUGGUGGGGUACAAUCACAUUGACAACUAUCGGCUACGGAGACAAAACUCCCCUAACUUGGCUGGGAAGGUUGCUUUCCGCAGGCUUCGCACUCCUGGGCAUUUCUUUCUUUGCACUUCCUGCUGGCAUUCUUGGCUCAGGUUUUGCAUUAAAAGUACAGGAACAACACCGUCAAAAACACUUCGAGAAGAGAAGAAACCCAGCUGCCAACCUCAUUCAGUGCGUCUGGCGCAGUUAUGCCGCAGAUGAGAAAUCUGUCUCCAUCGCAACCUGGAAGCCGCACUUGAAGGCCCUGCACACCUGCAGCCCCACCAAUAAGCUCUGCAGUAAUAAGCAGAAGCUCUUCAGAAUGUACACCUCCCGGAAGCCGAGUCAGAAGCUAAGUUUUAAGGAGCGAGUGCGCAUGGCUAGCCCGAGGGGCCAGAGUAUUAAGAGCAGACAAGCCUCAGUAGGUGACAGGCGGUCCCCGAGCACUGACAUCACGGCCGAAGGCAGCCCCACCAAAGUGCAGAAGAGCUGGAGCUUCAACGACCGCACCCGCUUCCGGCCCUCACUGCGCCUGAAAAGCUCCCAGCCUAAGCCAGUGAUAGACGCGGACACAGCGCUGGGCACGGAGGAUGUGUACGAUGAGAAGGGAUGCCAGUGUGACGUGUCGGUAGAAGACCUCACCCCGCCCCUGAAAACCGUCAUCCGCGCCAUCAGAAUCAUGAAGUUUCAUGUUGCAAAGCGGAAGUUUAAAGAAACACUGCGCCCAUACGAUGUGAAAGAUGUCAUAGAGCAAUACUCCGCAGGUCACCUGGACAUGCUCUGCAGGAUUAAGAGCCUCCAAACUCGUGUUGAUCAAAUUCUUGGAAAAGGGCAAAUCACAUCAGAUAAGAAGAGCCGGGAGAAAAUCACAGCGGAACAGGAGAACGCGGAUGACGUCAGCAUGCUUGGCCGCGUAGUCAAGGUUGAAAAACAGGUCCAGUCUAUUGAAUCCAAGCUGGACUGCCUGCUGGACAUCUACCAGCAGGUCCUCCGCAAAGGCCCUGCCUCUGCACUCACUCUGGCAUCCUUCCAGAUUCCCCCUUUUGAAUGUGAACAGACGUCCGACUAUCAAAGCCCGGUGGACAGCAAAGACCUGUCCAGUUCCACACAGAACAGCGGCUGCCUAACCAGAUCGGCCAGUGCCAACAUCUCACGGGGGCUGCAGUUCAUUCUGACGCCCAACGAGUUCAGCGCUCAGACUUUCUACGCACUCAGCCCUACCAUGCACGGCCAAGUGGCUCAGGUGCCAAUGAGUCAGAGCGAGGGCUCCGCAGUGGCACCCAACAACAUUGCAAACCAAAUAACCGCGGUGCCCAAGCCGGCCGCCCCAACAACUUUACAGAUCCCCCCUCCUCUCCCAGCCAUCAAGCAUUUGCCCAGGCCAGAGACUUCGCACCCGAAUCCCUCGAGCUUACAGGAAAGCAUUUCUGAUGUCACCACCUGCCUUGUUUCCUCCAAGGAGAAUGUCCAGGUUGCACAGUCCAACUUGGCCAAGGACCGUGCUCUGAGGAAAAGCUUUGACACAGGAGGAGAAACCCUCUUGUCUGUACUCCCCACGGUGUCCAGGGACCUGGGCAAGUCUCUGUCGGUACAAAACCUCAUCAGGUCAACAGAGGAACUGAACUUACAGCUUUCAGGGAGUGACUCAAGUGGCUCCAGAGGCAGCCAGGAUUUUUACCCCAAAUGGAGGGAAUCCAAGUUGUUCAUAACUGAUGAAGAGGUGUGUGCCGAAGAGACAGAGACAGACACCUUCGACGGCGCCCCGCAGCCCGCCAGGGAAGCUGCUUCCGCAGCAGACUCUCUCAGGACUGGAAGAUCCAGGUCAUCUCAGAGCAUUUGUAAGGCAGGAGAAAGCUCAGAUGCCCUCAGCUUGCCCCACGUCAAACUGAAAUGAGUCCUUCGUUUUCCUUUUGAAACAUAGUGGUUCCUUUAGCCAUACAUAUCAGUGCAUGAACUCUUUUGAAAGCCCUUCUUAAAAAGUUGAAAUUGCAAGAAUCAGGAAGAACAUGAAAGGCAGUUCAUAAGCCCGUUAUCUUUUAAUUGCAUGAAAAUGCAUGUUUAGGGAUGGCUGAGAACCCAAGGUGCAUCGACAUUCACAUUUACUAAUGUACCUUGAGUUUAAAAUCCUGAGAUACCAAACACUGCUAAUGCUACAGGGUGUGUGAAAAUGUCAAGAUUCGAUCACUUAGAGGAUUGGACAUUCUAUUUUGAAAUGUAGGAGUAAAUCCUUCCAAUUUCAGGCAUCUCUGCUUUGUGACUACAUACACAAUACAUUUUCAGAAUUAGGUCCUAAUGUAUAUUUAAACAUAAUGGCUAUCAACCGCUGCUAACCAUGUAUCAAGUAAAGCAGAAUUUGGGAAUAACAGAGACGGCUGCUUAUUUCAAGAUGUGCUCGCCAGCUCAUUCCCACUCGGUCAUUUUAUUCUUGAUGUAAUUUGGAUGUCCCUCCUUCGUGUGCUCUUGGUGACGUGGCACUGUGGCAGGAGUUUUGCACGUCGUCUUCAUGUUGUCCUUUAUGACAAGGAUGUCUUUCAAUGAGAAAAUGUGCAUAUGGGAUUCAGGGCCAGCAGGGCGCACACACUCAUUGCUGGACCUAUUGGACCGUGGGGAGGCGUAGCCUGUAAGGACGCGGUCAGUUCUAAAAAUGGUCACCUUCUGUAGAAGCGUAGAAAAAAGCCGGUGUAACUGGCCUGGAUUUUCUGCAGGGCCCUCCACUUCAGGGUCACCCCACCUGCCCUAUGAAGGACCCAUGUGACUCUACCUUCCCUAGUGUACAGGUAGCAGUCUCGGGAAAGGGAUACUGAAGAAGGACAGAGUUGGGCAGGGAGAGCCUGGCAAGAAUCCAGACACAAAACCAGGAAGUAGGCAAAGCUCAGAAAACAACUUCCCCCCUCUAAGACAGAAGGGGCGAGAAACCAAAACGAAAGCACUAGAUUUUUUUUAGAAAAUGAUACUUGCUAGGGAAUUCAGCUACCUAUACAUCCCUUAUUCUUGUAUACAGACAGAGAUUUUGCAAAGUAUUUAUUUUUUAAUAUGCCCUGAAUGUCUUGUACUAUUAUGUCAUACAUUUUGCAUAUGAAAGGCUAAAACUAAACUUCCUUUACUUUUUAUACUCUAGUGAAUGCUUUCUAUUCUUCCCAAGAAGGUCGUCCCAAGACUGAAGUUCCUGGAUCCGUUUCCUGGUAUAAGUGUUUCUAAUUAAAAGCCAGAUGGCACUGGCAAAGUCUGCCAGUCCAAACGCUGACUAGAUCAUGGAAGCAAAAAGACCAAGGGAAAGUGAAAACUGUGUUUCUCAGAAACAAGCAACACUGGCUGCUCAUUAGCUAUCAGCCUCACUAUCUCAGAAGGUCAGAAUGUGGGCCAAACUUGGUAGUGCACACCUGAAAUCCCAGCACUCUUGAGACCUGAGGCAGGAGGA